AUGGCCUUAGGAAAUGCUUCUUCCAUAACAAACUCUCAUUGCCUCACAAAGCAACCACGUCGCACAUGCAUGUGCUCGCCGACCAAUCAUCCGGGCUCGUUCCGGUGUAGCAAGCACAAGAAGUCGCGGCACGUUGUGGUUGCUCCAUGGUUAUCUUCUUCCUCUUCCAAAGCAGAUUAUCGUAAUCUGGAUCGUUCGCGAAUGACCAUAGCCCUUAAAGCGAAACACCCGUUAACAGCAUUUCUCCUCCAAAUAAUUAAGCAUCAUUCUAAAAAUGUUCUUUAUAGGAGGAAGAUAUUCCAGCCAAAGCCUACUCGGUUUUCGAUAAUGAACCGCAUUGCAGUUUUGUGA